UCAAAAUGGAAAACACUCCGGUAGAAAUCUACAAAGAAGACAGUAAGUGCCUCUCCGCGCUGCUGGAAGACUGUCCAGUGAAUUCUUCUUCUGCUUGGGUGUCCGGAUACUCCGACAGCCGCAAUGUGAGCCACGAUAAUGACAGCUGGGAGCAGGAGAGCAUGUCCCCCAUCAUCCCCAUCAUCACUGCAGUGUACUCCGUGGUGUUUGUGGUCGGCUUGUUGGGCAACUGCCUGGUCAUGUAUGUGAUCAUCAGGUACACAAAGAUGAAGACGGCCACCAAUAUUUAUAUUUUCAACCUGGCACUUGCUGAUGCCCUCGUCACCACCACGAUGCCCUUCCAGAGCACCGACUACCUUCUGAACACGUGGCCCUUCGGCGAGGUGGUCUGCAAGGUCUUCAUCUCCAUCGACUACUACAACAUGUUCACCAGCAUCUUCACUCUCACCAUGAUGAGCGUCGAUCGCUACGUGGCCGUGUGUCACCCGGUUAAAGCGCUGGACUUCCGCACUCCCAUCAAAGCCAAGAUGAUCAACGUGUGCAUCUGGAUCCUGUCGUCGGCUGCAGGGAUUCCUGCUUUUGUGUUGGGUGGUACCCAGACGAACAGUGAUAUAACCGAGUGUGCCUUGCAGUUCCCUGAGCCGUACACCUACUGGGACACGCUGAUGAAGAUCUGUGUGUUUGUGUUUGCCUUCAUCGUGCCUGUGCUCAUCAUCACCGUGUGCUACUCCCUCAUGGUCCUGAGGCUGAAGAGCGUCCGAAUGCUCUCCGGCUCUCGUGAGAAGGAUCGCAACCUGCGGCGGAUCACGAGGCUGGUGGUGGUCGUGGUGGCCGUGUUCGUGGUCUGCUGGACACCCAUCCACAUCUUCAUCCUGGUCAAAGCUCUCGUGAGCGUCCCGGAAACCACCGCCAUCAUGGCCGCUUACUUCUUCUGCGUGGCUCUGGGCUACACCAACAGCAGCCUCAAUCCCGUCCUCUACGCCUUUCUGGACGAGAACUUCAAACGCUGCUUCAAAGACUUCUGCCUCUCGGCCAGACUGCAGGGGGAGAAGGUGUCGGGGAGCAAAAAGGCCCUAAGCACCGUACAGGAGGCCGCCGUCGCCCUGGAGAACCCGGAUGGGACGAGUAAACCGACAUGACUAGCGGUGGAACUGUCUUCUAUUUCCCACAUUGGAAAGGAAGACUCCCAUGACCUGGGAUUGACCCACAUCACAUCAGCAAUGUAGACUCUGAUUCAGUUCAUUUUCAUCUUCACCUGGGGUUGAAGCAGUGCCAAAACUGAUUAAUGGAUUUCAUUAAAGCAUUCAAACAAACAUUUUAAAUUGUAUUCCACCUUUCCCAUUAUUUGACAUAGAGCUAUUCUGCAUAAUAAUGUCAUCCUCCUGCCCUUCAGUGUUUGUUCCCUUAUAUCAGCAGAUAAAGAUUGUAUAAUAUUAAGUGCAGGUGGAUGUAAAGAUGAUGAUUCUUGAUUUUGUAGGGAAAACAGACCAAAUGUGAUCAAAGUGCAUCUUCAGUAGUGUUUGUUUUUGUCCUCCUAGAUGGUAUUCAUGAGAAAGAAGAGCUCCCUAAUUGUAUGGAAUAUUAAGCUGCAAUGAUUGGUCAGUUCAUCAAUUAACACAUUAACCCUCUGAACCCCAAAACCUACCAGUGGGCUUGAAAGGCACCAAAAUUACACCGUUUAUCAGAAUAGGGAGCUAUAAAACCAUUGAAUUGUCAGAUUUUCAACUUUGUGACUUGAAUGAAUGAAUAAAUUAACCAAAUCUAAGCUUUCAAAUAUGAUAUUUCAUGAAAAUCAUUUUGAAAUUUACCCAAAAUCAACAGUUUGCAAUAACAGAAUCUGUGAAAAACAAACAAUUCUGCACUCUUUGGCACAACCAGGAAGCCGUUAGUGACUCAGCUGUGACCAACAGUUACAUGAUGAAAAUUUAGAAAUUUUUCCAGGUAAACAACGUUGAACUGCAGGUGGUGUUUACACAGAACAGAUAGGAGACAAGUAUGGAAACAAAGUAUAAAUGUAAAUAGUGAAAUACUGUUUGUAUGUGGGCCCAUUUUUGUUAAAUAAUUAAUGACAUUUCUUAUAAUUAGCAGCAUUAAAACUUUAAAAGAAAUGCACAGAAGACAUUAAGUUGUUUCUACUUGUAGCCAUGGUGGUGUUGUUUUAACAGGGGUGCAGAACUUAAAGUUGCAGUGUAAAAUGAUCCACAGUGAGUAAAAAUGUGAGCAAAAACAUGCUGGGACACUGUUUGGAGUUCAGAGCGUUAGUCUGCCAAUAGUGUGCCUGUCAUUUUUUAAGAGCAAAAAUGGCAAACAUUCACUGCUUCUACAUUUUCAAAUGGGAUUUUUUUUUUGUCAUAUAGUAAAUUGACUUUCUUUGCUUUUUUUCAGAAUUUUCUGAUAUUUUAUAAGCAAAAAAAUGAGUCAACUAAUAGAGAAAAUGAUGAGCAGAUUACUCAAUAUUAUAAAUAAUCAUUCUAAUAUUGCUUAACAAGUCUUCAGAUAAUAAUGUCAAGAUUUCUCAAGAGAACUGCUGAUCAUUUGAAGGAAAAAUAAGCAAGAGUUUAAUGAAAAUGUUAACGUUUAUGACCCAUGCUAAGUUCCAUCAAGUCUUAAUUAAUGUCUCUCUCAGAUGUUACUUUUUCAGUCAUUUUCUCCUCUAAUUUAUCUGUUGCCAGAUGUGCCUUUAGGAGUCCAGGAUCAGAUGUUUGUAGCAGCAGAGAAUGAGCACUAAAUGUAUAAAACGCUUGUUUGAUUUCACCCGUCAGUGGGAGCUGCAUGGAUCACUGACAACAGAGAUGUGCCAAAACCCCCUUUCACCUCUGUGAAGAGUGUGAACGGCGCUGAUUGACCGGAGCAUGAGAGAUGCGACUCACGGUGGACUUUGAAGUUCAGUUGGAGUCAGUGGGAGGUUAAAACAAGCGACGAUCGGCUGCGUCAAAGCAGGUUCAUCAACGAGGGACGUUGGAGGGAAAAUCCUGGACUCCAACGUGCAUUUAAAAUUUGACAGAGGGCUCUCUAUCAGCUUUGACUCUGGCGUCGUGUCCAGACUGAUAAGUUGUUAAAUUAAUGGUCUGUAAUUAACUAGUCACAUGUGAUGCGUAUGGCUUUUACCACGAUACACAUAGUCCUACUGAACUGUCCUGCUAUUAUUAUUAUUAUUAUUAUUUGUGCACUCUGAAGACAUGAAUAGCUGUUUUAACAAGUUGUGCACAUAGUUAAAAACAGUGUAUUCUGACAGCUGUACAGUCGGGUUGUACGAUCCUUUAUUUUGUGUAACACCUUUGCACAGACUUCAUUGAAAUAUACUGUAUUUGUAGCAUGCCAAUGAUCAUGGCUAUGGCAGCAAAGGCAGCGUCAGCAGCCGUAUAUACGCUAUGUUAUUUUGAAUGUACUGCAGAUAUAUAUUGUAUUAUAUAAACAUUUAAUUAAUCAUAGUAUAAUGUCAACUAUCUCAUUAGAAAACAAAAACUCCAAGUGCAACAUGUAUACAGACAUAAAAAUAGAGAAAUCACAGAUGUUCUAUCACUUUAUAAAAAAUAAAAAAACGUUCUAAGAAACCA